UGUGGCUUGUUGCUCCCACACGCUAGACAUCGUCUCACCACCCUCGGAGCCUGGCCUCGUGCCCAUAGCGUCAUGCCGAAUGCGUCCUCGUGCUCUUGAAGCCAGCAGGCUGCAGUGGCUAUGGACAGCAAUAGCAUCAGUAUGAGCUGAACUGCCCAUGAACAAUGGCCUGGGAGGCCUUCUUCUUCUUCUUCUUCUGCCUUGCUCUUUGAUUUUAUAUAUGUCAUGACAACUCUAGACGCGCAACCCCCUCCACCGGCACAUUGUUCGCUACUCUACCUCGUAUCCCGCCGUGAAAUGCCAUUGCCGAAACAAUGCCCUUCCGAUCGAGCUCCGUCAAGGCCAUGGGCUCCAGCCUCUUCUCCCGAAACCGUCGCGAUGAUGCACAGAAAGAUUUAACAAAGCAGCCGGGCGACUCAAGGCGUCGCCGGUCGUCUCUUUCGGCGGCUGAUCGGCGGACGUCGGUGUCGAACGACUUCAGGCCGCACACCGAGAUUCAGAGGCCGACGAUGCCGCCUCCACCAGCUUCCUCUGGGAGAGUGCGAAGCCCGCCACGAAGAGACUCUGUAUCCCGCAGGUCUGUGUCACCCCGCUCUCGCCAGAAGAUGGCUGGCGGAGAUGGUUACUACAAUCGCCAGUCGCGAUCGCCUCCGAGGCGCCGAUAUUCCUCCUCGGAAAUUCCUCGACCGCAUGAAAUGACGCCCCAAUCGCCAGUACCUUCACGAUCUCGAAUAGGCGACAGCCACGAAAGGCGUGAUCGACCUGGGCAUGGGAGUGCAGCAGCCGCUGAAGCUCCUCCAGCCUCGCCGCAACUGGCACCGCAUAAACCCGGAUGGAGCACUACAUCGAGAGAGGCUAGGCAGGAAGCCCGGCGAUAUCCGCCUUCAGCUUCAUCUAAUAAUAGGCCACAGCCUGCUAUACGGGGCACUUCUCCCUAUCAGAGGCCUGCUGCAGGCACCGAAAGGGCAGGCACUGAAAGACAUCGCUCGGCCUCCGUAGAUGGGUAUGACAGGAAAACACAACAGGCGCCUGUUCAACUGCCAACUUCGCCCUCACGCCGUCCGAAGCAUGAGCGUAGAGGCUCAGAUAGCUUCUUCAGCAAAUUCCCCAAAACAUUUGCAACCUAUGCAGGAAUUCGUGCACUCUCCGAGCACGCUGACAAGGCCAAAGAAUGGGUUGAGUGGCUCAACAACGUAAAUGACGCCCCAGAUGAGAUCCGCGCGCUCUCUGCGAGGAUCACCACCGCGCGUGAUACUAUCCAGCAAAUGAAGGACUGCUUGAAAGCAAGGCCCGACCUUAUUGAGGAUGAAACUGGACAGGCUAUAAAGUCUCAAAUUGAGGACACUAUUGACAGCACAAGCGAGACAUUAAAGAAGAUGACGAAACUGCUGGCGAGUUUUUCGGGGGCUGCUAGAGAGGAUAACAACAACACGGCUCUUGGCCGCCUGGAAGGCUUCUGGCAUUCAUACAACUACAAAAACGAAGGCGAAGAGCAGAUUAAGUCUGCAGACGCUGAGUUGCAGCAGCAGCUAUUGCAACUGGGCACUCUGAUGUCUAAUAUCUAUGCUCGUGCUCUAAUGAAACCCCCACCAUCAUCAGGAUUCAAUACACCAAAUACACCGACACCACCUCUAUCUACUUCUAAAGUAAAUACAGCACCAGAAACCUCAAGACCGAUGCCGCGGCCAGCAGCGUCAAUACCUAAUCGACCGCCUCCAUCACCACAAUUGUCUCCUAAAUCUCAAGGGCAAUUUGAGUCUAUAGGGAAUUAUCCAAAAGUCGCCACAAACCCACCUACUCCCCCUCACUCAGAACCAUCAGUCGAGCAGCCUCCGUCUCACGACCCGUCUCACGAUUCCAACAAUGAAAAUGCAGCAAAACUUGAUCCGCAGAACACGGUUCCGAACCCCGGAGACAUCUUGCUGGAUGCUGCGUGGGAAGGCGAUGUCAAAACCGUAGCCAACUGUAUUCGUCAAGCACCGCCUACUUCAUGUGAUAUGCACGGUCUAACACCACUACAUCUUGCGGUCGAGCGUGAUCAUAUGGCUGUCGCCAUGUUUCUUCUUGACCAUGGUGCCGAUGUACACGCUCGUGCUGACGGUGGCUGCAUGCCCCUUCACCUAGCUGCGCGCUACGCAUCUGCCGCCACGGUAGAGAUGCUAAUCGAUCGUGGCAAGGCCGACCCUAACGCUCAGACGACAGAUGGGAGAACUGCGCUGCAUUAUGCUGCUAGGUCAGCCGAAGAUGGAGAUACGGAACGACGAGAAGUGCUUCGCGCAUUGCGGGAUUUGGGCGCUAACCCCAUACUUCGGAACCGAAGAGGAGAAUUGCCCAGAGAUGUAGCUCAGAAGAGAGAUUACUGGGAUGCAGCUGCAACUCUGAGACGAGCUGAACAGAAAUGGGAGCAACAACAUCAGCAACAGCAGCAGCAAUAUCAGCAACAGCAAUAUCAGCAGCAGCAAUAUCAGCAACAGCAAUAUCAGCAGCAACAGCGACGGGAUCAACAACCAGAACAGUUACAACAGCGACAACCAAAGAACCAAUUGAAAGAAGCCAACGUAAGGGAGAGAAAUGCGAAAAAAGAAGGCAGCUGGCUGCAAAGAUACAGACUAAGGAAAUAACGAAUUACGAAGACUUGAUGAAACCUUCACGAAGAUUUAUGCAUGUGUUUAUUAGCGAUAGAGGACGCAUAUACGUGGCUUAGGUAUUUACACAUGCAUACGAUUCUCUACAUUAUAUAGUUCACUUAUAAUUAGUGCUACCUACUGUAACAUAAAUUAGAUUAUUAUUCGG